AUGGCAGCAUACAAUAAUCCAACGCAAAUCUUUGCCGACGAUGUGCAAGAAGAAAAGGGUGAAAAUGCGCGUCUCUCUGCCUUCGUCGGUGCCAUCGCAGUUGGGGACCUCGUGAAAUCCACGCUCGGCCCGAAGGGUAUGGACAAGAUUCUUCAGUCUGCUUCGACCGGGGAGAUUAUGGUAACGAAUGACGGCGCCACCAUCCUCAAAUCCAUUGCCCUCGACAACGCCGCCGCAAAGGUCCUCGUCAACAUCUCCAAAGUCCAAGACGAUGAAGUAGGAGAUGGCACUACAUCGGUGACAGUCCUGGCGGCAGAAUUGCUUCGAGAGGCAGAACAACUAGUAAACCGUCAUAUUCACCCCCAAACCAUUAUCGAAGGCUACCGUCUAGCAUCACAAGCAGCUUUGCAAGCACUCGAAAAAUCCGCUGUCGACAAUUCCAAGCAACCCGAGCUUUUCCGAAAAGACCUCCUGGCAAUCGCUCGUACAACGCUAUCCUCAAAGGUCCUUUCUCAGGAUCGUGAUCAAUUUGCUAGUCUGGCGGUCGACGCCGUCCUCCGGCUCAGAGGAUCUGUCGAUCUGAAUCACAUCCAAAUCAUCAAGAAAUCAGGAGGGAAACUGUCCGAUUCUUACCUCGACGAAGGGUUCAUUCUCGACAAACGUAUUGGUGUCAACCAACCCAAGAGAUUGGAAAAUGCCAAAAUACUCGUGGCGAAUACUGCAAUGGACACGGAUAAAGUGAAAAUUUGGGCUGCGCGCAUGAAAGUCGGUUCGACAAAAGAACUGGCUGAGUUGGAAAAAGCCGAACGCGAGAGAAUGCGUGCGAAGGUCGAACGGAUCAAAGCACAUGGAAUCAACUGCUUCAUCAACAGACAAUUGAUCUAUAACUGGCCGGAGCAAUUGUUCACGGAAGCCGGAAUCAUGUCCAUCGAACAUGCCGACUUCGACGGUGUGGAACGUCUCGCUUUGGUCACUGGUGGGGAGAUUGCGAGCACUUUUGACCAUCCGGAGUCUGUCAAGCUCGGGCACUGCGACUUGAUUGAAGAGAUUAUUAUCGGUGAAGAUACAUUGAUCAAAUUCUCCGGUGUGGCAGCAGGCCAAGCUUGCACUAUCGUGCUCAGGGGCGCGACAGAACAACUUCUGGACGAAGCGGAGCGAAGUCUACACGAUGCUCUUGCCGUUCUGUCACAAACUAUCAAAGAACCCCGCGUCGUUCUCGGGGGCGGCUCUUCCGAAAUGGUGAUGGCAAAAGCGGUGGAUUCGCUUGCGCAGAAGGUCCCUGGGAAAAAGCGCCUGGCUGUCGAUUCAUUCUCGACCGCCCUACGUCAACUCCCGACCAUCCUUGCGGACAAUGCCGGCCUCGAUUCUUCCGCUCUCGUGUCAGAAUUGAGAAGCGAGGUGUAUAGAGGUAUGACGAGUUCGGGCUUGGAUCUAUUGACCCCGGGUGGUGGCAUCGCCGAUAUGCGAGAGUUGGGUGUGAUCGAGAGUUACAAGUUGAAGAAAGCGGUGGUAGGAAGUGCGAGCGAGGCGGCAGAGCUAUUGCUGCGGGUAGACGAUAUCAUUAGGGCAGCGCCUCGGAGGAGGGAGCGGAUGUAA